GUUUGCCUAGUCUGGGCUUGUCCCUCCCUUCCGUGUGUGGCAGGCUUGUCCUGACGGGCCUUCCCUCCCAGCUUCAAAAAGGGAGUGCCUGGCUUCCUUCUCCCACUUUCCCCAGGAAGGCACAGCUGGCUGGAUCUAUGCGGAGGGAGGCAGCCGGAAAGUGAGGAAGGAGCUGCCAUGGGUAGGUUUCAGGGGCCACCUACAGGGAAUGGGGCUGGAGCUGGAAUGAUUUCUUUAUUGCCUGGGUUUUCCAGAUGACAAAUCUCACAGGUGCUGCCAGCUGCGCUGGCCGCCACGUCUUACACAGCUGUGUGAUGGCAUACAGUUCUGUAGGAUCACAUUUCCUGUGAACGCUACAAUUGAUACAUAACAUUGAAUUGGCUCACUGCUUCAUGCUCUGGCAGGUCAAUGAUUAAAGGGCAUUAUUUUUGUAAAAUAGGUGAGUUUAAUGUGAGUCAAAGGGGAACGGCUAUAAUGUAUAUGUGGUGGUGGUGUUGUGGCUGCGGGGGGGGGGAGGAUUUAGAUUAAUUUUUUUUUAGCAUUUUGAGUGUCUGAGGAUUACACGGUCUGUUCCAGAGCAAACACAGUGUGGGCACAGGGUGCCCACUGCCAGGCCCACUUCAGUGGAGCUUACCUCUGACUCCACCCCAAUGGGGGUCCCACCUUCUCCACUGAAGUGAUGAAACUGAACUUGCUGGGGGAGGGUUCUGUGUGUGCCUGCAUGCUUGGCAUACCAGGGAAACGAGAAUCCCUGCACCCUCAGGUAACUGCUAGGACAGAGCAAAAAGAAAGGUAAAUCAGGCCUAAUUGUUACUGAUGUAACUGUUACUAAGGCAUAAUUAAUAAAAGGGUCCCUGCCCCCACUUUUACUGAUGGUUCCCCUUGGCCGCAGUCUCUGUCAGAACAUCACUGGGGCUCUCUGCCUCCAUCCAGGACCCCCCUGGCGCAGCCAGGUCUCCCUCUGAACUUUUUACCUGGCUAAAGAGCUUGGCUUGGCCUUCAGUGUAUGUUCAGUGCUUGAAUUUGACAGGGAGAGGCAGAGAGGGUCUGGCCAGCCCCUUUUUCCUCAUUCAGGCUUCUGGUUUUAGCAGAGUACUGUGUGAGAUUCGGCUACCAUUGGGAGGAGUCGGAGCUUAUCCACUUACCUUUCCUUCGCUCUUUCCAGACACAGUCCGCGCUUUAAAGCUCCAUGUCCAAGCACCCCACUUUUUUGCUUUCCUCACAAAAACCCACUCUUUAAAGCUCAGUUGGAGCAAACAGCAAUAUGUGGAAAACCAAAAUUGAUGUUUGAUCUGAUUGUGCCCUAAAGAGCAGGUUAUCGUGGGGGCAAGUCUAGGUCAAAAAUGAAGAAACCAUGCUUGGGCAAGGAGCUUUUAAGCAUGGACCUGUGCCUAGAUAAAAUGGGGCAAAAGGUUAAUGUGGAUAAGCCCCCAGAGAGUAGGGCUUGUGGAUUUGGCGAAGGCUGCUCUCUGUCCUGCCUUACUGCACCCCCAGGAGAAAGAACUUAGGAUGUACCAUCUGAUUCCUGGGGUCCACUUAAGGUUGCUUUGGGGACCAGCUGGAAGUUGAUGCACUGGUCACUGGCUGGCCACUGCUGCUUUAUGGAAGGGGCCCCAGCCUCACAACCCUGUGAAGCUGCUGCUUCUGGGACAAGGGAAGUAAAUACCAGUCACCUGUUUGGAAAAGGUUAGGCCAACUAGGUGGCCUUCAGAUAUUUUGGGCCACAGGUCCCAUCAGCCCCAGCUGGCUGUUGCCAUCCAUAACUGCUUCUUGUGAAUGGUUUCCUGCCCCAUUCCAGGUGCCUAUACAAUAAUCUCAGCAAUAUUAAAUUAUCACCAAUUAUAACAGUUAUCCUUGUUUAACAUACACUUAAGCUCUAAUUAUCACAGACCGCUUUUUUUUUUUUUUUUACAUUGCACUGCCAUUCAACUCCCACUUCAUGGUUUGUAUCCAACAUUAGGCCACAUUUGCACCAUACAUUUAAAGCAAUAUGGUACCACCUUAAACAGUCAUGGCUCCCUUCAAAGAACACUUGGUGCUGUGGUGCUGUGGUCUGUUGAGUGCAAUUCCAGGCGUUAUUAAACAAUCAACCCCCCUUCCCAGGGAACUCUGGGAAUUGUAACUCUGAGAGAGAUAUGGGUCUCAACCUUCAUAACAAGCUACAGCUCCCAGGAUUCUUUCGAGGAAGCCAUGAAGUUUUUAAAGUGGUAUCAUAGUGGAGAUUGUGGAGGCUUUUGAGCAGAGGCUGGAUGGACAUCUGUCAUGGGUGCUUUAGUUUAGAUUCCUGCAUUGCAGGGGGUUGGACUGGAUGACCCUUGGGGAUGCUUCCAGCUCUACAAUUCCAACCGUACAAUGUACGGUAUGAAUGUGGCCUUAGACUGCAGUGCCAGAUUUAAGGUGGUGCAAUCAGUUUCCCUGCACAGGGUGCUGAUCUGAGGGGGUGCAAAAUAGUGCGCUUGAGAGUAUGCAGAGAAUGGAAGGUAAGAGGUGUGAGGGUGCUUCAACAAACUUGAAUCAUUGUGAAAAUGUGAAAUAUUAUUUGGGUGAGGCACCAAAGUUUGUCCUCGCUCAGGGCGCCAUAUUGCCAAAGUCAGCCUCUGCAGAAUAUUACUCUUUUGGGGUGGGAUUUAAUCACCAAGCAACUGCAAUUUUAGGUUGCACAACUGCAGCUGAUUGGGAAGUUUUGUGCAAUGAUCCUGCUUCUCCCAAAAGAUCAGACUUUUGCAAUAAGUAAAGUGAUGGGUAAAUGCACUGGAAGGUGUGGACUAGUGACUCUUUGGUGCAGGCUGUGUACACACUAGACUUAUAAAGCACAUUCUUUUCCUCAAAGGACUCGGGGCUCUGAAGUUUAGCCCUCAUAGAAUUACAAUUCCCAGCAACCCUUAAUAAACUACAGUGCUCAGAAUUCUUUGAGGGGGAAACGUCCUUUAAUGGCUCAGUGUGUGCAUAGCUGCAAUGUUGCCUAACCUCCCUGAGGGCCAAUUGGAAGGAAUGCUCUACAGAAAGGUCAUCUGGGAGUGCCCAUAGCUGAGUGAAGCUUUUGGGGAAAACCUUCUUCCUGCUUCUCUCUCCUCCUCCUCCUCCUCCUCCUUCAGAGGUCUUGGUCUUGGUGGACUUUGACGGGCAGCUGGGUGAUGAGCUGAAGAUCACUGCCGGCGACAUCAUCCAGAAGGUGCAACCAGGCCCUGAAGAGGGAUGGCUGCAAGGGGAGCUGGAGGGCCGGGUGGGGCUCUUCCCUCGCCAGUUUGUGCAGGUGAGCAUUUACACCCCUUCCCACUCCAGGCAUAGGCAUGUCUCCUCGGAAGUAGCUUAGUCCCAGGUAAGUGUGUGUCUAGGGUGUGUUAAGUGUGCUCUUGAGAAGCAUGAGGAACAAGUGGAGACAGAUUUGCGUGUUUGCAAACAUGCCUGUCGCACCUGUCUCAGAAGGGCCAUUGGCUCAGUGGGUAGGACAUCGGCCUUGCAUGCAGGGGUCCCAGGUUCAAUCUCUGGAAUCUCCAAGUAGGGCUGGGAACAUCCACUGUUUGAAACAACUGCCAUUCAGUGUAGACAGUACUGAGGUAGAUGGACCUAUAGUCUGACUUAGAACAAAGCAGCUUCCUAUUAGGAAGCAACAAUCGGGUAUGAUUACUGAGUGACCUGUCAGCAGGGAAACUGGGAUUUGCCAUGGCCUAAACGCAUGAAAGGGACAUGGGUGGCACUGUAGGUUAAACCACAGAGCCUAGGGCUUGCUGAUCAGAAGGUCAACAGUUCGAAUCCCCGCAACGGGGUGAGCUCUCAUUGCUCGAUCCCUGCUCCUGCCAACCUAGCAGUUCUAAAGCAUGCAGUGCAAGUAGAUAAAUAGGUACUACUCUGGCAGGAAGGUAAACGGCAUUUCCAUGCGCUGCUCUGGUUCGCCAGAAGCGGCUUUGUCAUGCUGGCCACAUGACCCAGAAGCUGUACGCUGGCUCCCUCAGCCAGUAAAAUGAGAUGAGUGCCGCAACCCCAGAGUUGUCGGCAAAUGGACCUAACUGUCAGGGGUCCCUUUACCUUUAAAUGCAUGAAAAGGCCUUUCGUUAGCCCUGGGACCUGUGCCCAGUGCCAUUAUCCAGCAAUGAACAUGAGAUUCCCUCACUGGAAAAGAGUGCCUCUGAGCAUGUGACAUGCGCCAUAUACCUCUUACCCCUGAGCUCCUACAGAGCACACACACGGAUGUGUCUGUCUCCCGACCCUCAGCACCUGCCACCUUAUAUGCCUGCCUCACUCUGCCCAGUGGCUGGACCAGCUCUCUGGCGGCCAGAUGCAAAAGCAGACAGGCACCUCCUGCAUCUUUUUUGGCAGGUGUGACUUGCAUGGCAGAUUUCCUCUUCUUUACAACUAUUAAAGGUGCAAGAAUACCAAAGAGCGAGAGACAGAGUGUCUCCAUUUUCAAACAAAUUUAUUUGGAAUUUGGGAGAGGUCAGAGAAAAGGCUUUUCAAACCCAAAUUGAGCCCUUCUGGCACUGGGCAUUAUAGCAGUGAAGCAGUUCUCUAGCAACAGUGUCCCAAGGAACAACCCCAAGGCACAGAACGCCAUGACCUUGCUGAAGCUAAGCAGGUCUGGUUCUGGUCAGUACCCAGACUGAAAACUGUGUGGAACCAAACAUAUGCCGCCUUGAGUUCCAUGAAGGAGGAAUGGGGGGCGGGGCGGAUAUAAAUGCAAGAAAACGAAUACUGUAAAGUGUCCAGGUGAAUAGUCAUGUAGAAGAGGGAACCUACACCUUGCAUGACAAGCUGCCCUCUUCUAUAAUAACAAUUAAAGGUGUAGGAGCCCCUUUUUCCUUUCCACCCGAGGCCUGGUCCUCCAGACUUUUCCUCCCUCUUCAGCUUUGUUCUAUUCCUGCAAAAUAACAAACUGGGUAUUUGCCUCCUGCUGGAGUUCAUGGCCAAAUAAUGCAAAUUAUUUCCCCAGCUAAUUUGCACCCCUGAGGACAAUUUGUUUAAAGGGAAGCUGCAUGGAGCUGGGUAAGAUGUGCUUUGUUCCCCCAGUUUCACCUUGUAAGGGCUGCAACACACCCAUGUCUGUCACCUGCCUCCUGCCAAUGUUUGCCUGGCCUUGCGGCUGCUCAAACAAAACAGCUGGGCUGGCUGCAAAGAAGAAGGCUGUGUGGAAAUGGGCAGCUGUGCAAGGCCCCUGACUCAAUGCACAUGUUGUGUGUCACUGUGCACAGACUGUCCCACAUCUGAGCCAGACAUGUGCGGAGCCAAACAGUACACCCUUGUCCAAAUAGCCAGUGGGAUCACUGGUUGGUUCUUUACUAGGCUGUGUUACGAGAUAAAUAGCAGGGCUUUGGCCAUCAGGUGCCCAAGGGGGGCUCCAGGCUGCAGCUCUUUUGUAGGAGGCAUUCAAGCCAGUGUGGCAUCGUGGUUAGAAUAUUGGACUAAGACCUGGGUGACCAGGGUUCAAAUCCCCUCCCUUGGUCAUGAAGCUCACUGGGUGAUCCAGGGCCAGUUGAAGUCUAUCAUCUUAACCUACCUCAUAGGGUUGUUGGGGGGAUUAAAUGAGGAGGGGGAGAGCUGUGUACUCCUUGAGCUCCUGAGAGGAAAAGGUGGGAUAUAAAUGCAAUACAAUAAAUAAAUAAAUAAGCACUUUAGGUUUACAUAAUUAAAGUGGAUCAACGGGCUCUGUUGCCCUAAUGCAGGCAUAGGCAAACUCUAGCCCUCCAGAUGUUUGGAACUACAAUUCCCAUCACCCCUAGCUAACAGGACCAGUGAUCAGGGAUGGUGGGAAUUGUAGUCCCAACCAUCUGGAGGGCCGGAGUUUGCCUAUGCCUGCUAGUACAAACAAAUCCCCCUUUUAAAAAGACUCAGACUUUUCCAUUGCACCUGAGGGCAAUCAGCUAUCUUAGGUGGUGUGUGCAGGCCAGGCUGCAGGGUGCACACAAUUCUGCCCUCCAACAUCUCACCACUGCUCACUCCCCCAAGCUGCCUGGGUGGCAUUGCAUCACAUGAUCAGAACAAAACACACACACACAGAGGCAGUGCCUGCUGCAGUGCAUGUCCUGGGCUGACUGCCUCCUUGGCUGGGAAUGAUGCCAAUGGUAAUGCAUGGGAGAAAUUCAACCAGGCAAGAGGGUCAACCAGCGCAAGCAGCUAGCAACAAGACAGAAUGCCAGGGAAGAGGUUGACUAUUGCUGCUCUCCUGUCCUGCAGGAUCUGCCACUUGAGGCAGGUGCCUCCCUCUACCCUAUGACAGAGCCAGCCCUAAACAGAAUGCAUGUGCAGAGUCUUAUGCACCAUGGAUUGUACUGCAUGUGGGCCACAGUGGAGGCCCACCUUGAAUGCAGGCCUAGGUGACCUCAACAUCUUCCCCUGGCUGCACAUCUCUGAACAUACAGAAUGUCAGCACAGGGUUAAGGCCACUUGCACUAAGUCUCCCUGCCCCCCACCUGUUGCUGAACAUAGACAGCUCUUGGGGCAGGGUCUGCACCUGCCAUUCCAGUUCCUGAUUUCCUCGAAAAAGCUCCAGUUCCUUGUAGGUUGCCAGGCAAAGGUGUCUGAAAAACAUCCUCCCCCCAGUGCAUCACUCCUGGCAGACAGAAGGUCUGUCCUGUCACAAUCGGCUAGAGUCCUCCUUUGGGGCAGGAGGGUGAACGGGAUGCCUCAGUCCGCACCCAUUAUUCUGUGAAAUAAGAUAAAGCACCAGUGAAAAGCAGGCACAUACACACCCACCCUGGCAAGGAGCACCUUUGCCUCACAUGCCAUAAAAGUGACACUCCUUCCCCUUUCACCAAGUCCCGCCUGCUUGUUGCUCCAAUUGUUCUCAGGGCCUUUCCCACUUUAUCAGGAGUUUCCCCCACUUCUGAUAAAGGGGACCCCUUCCCUUUCUGAAAAACGGGAGCUAGUUGUUUCUGCAGUGGCAGGUUUCCCACAGUUCCAUGGGCAAGUUGCCAGGUGACGUUAUCAGCUCUUAGCUCUGUGUGUUUCUUUGCUGGAAUGGAACCCAGUACACAAGCCUUGCAGGCAGGGUACGAGGAGGCAUGAGAAGAAGAAAAACACAUGAAAGCAGGCAUUGGCUUUUGACUUCAAUACCUGCGUAUAAUUGCCCUAAUUCUAGGGUAAAAGAGCUUUUCAAACAACCACUUGUCCUCCCAACAGCCCCCAGAGGCAGGCCCAUUUUACAAAUGACAAACUGAGGCUGAGAGGCAGGGACUUACCUGAACGUGCUCAGUUAAGUUCAUGGCUGAAGAGGUGGGAUUUGAACCCAUGUUAAAUCCAGCAUCUUCAGAAGGCCAUAUAAAGACCCAUCAGGAAAGUAUCUGCCUUAAUGUUGUUGUUUUAAAAAAGCAUGCAUUCUAGCCCAUCUCCAAAGAACUCUGGGAAUUGUGGUUUAUGGAGGUGUUGAGGGUUCUGUGGGACUACAGGUUUGCUGCCACGUGGAACUACAAUUCCCAAGGUUCCUUGAGGGGGAGGAGCCAGAAGGGUCGUUCCAUUCUGCUUUGUAGCAUAGACAGGUGACAAGGUGUGUGCUGAAGCACUUGAAGCCACGCCCACUCGCCGCCCCCUAUAUACCUGAGGUAGGUGCCUGCUUUCCCCAGCGUCCUCUCCAGAAUGGCUGUUUUGACCCAGAGCCCUUAUCUUUUCCGCAAGGUAAAGGGGGAGAGGCCUCUUCCGAUUUUUGAGUUCUGAAUGUUUAUCUUUUCCAGGGGGCAGUUCCUUUGCAGGCUGCACUCCCACCUGUUCAGUGGAGCAGGCCAGCCAGCCAUUCCAGUGGUGAUGCUUGUUUGCUUUGUCUCUUGAGAGCAGGGAAUAGAAGCAGGAGACUCCUGGCUUUUCUUCCCAACUUUGGUUCACCUCUAGUGAAUUUGGGGCUAGUACUGAAGGCCCUUCACAGUUAAGAGCCAGGUUCCUUGAGGGGCUAGCUGGUCCCUUCACUACCCAGGAAGUCACUGUGUUCUAUGGGAGAGGUGGGUCUUCCUUAAAGGCCCCCAAACAUCAGAUACCACUGCUCCACAGUGGCUUAGAGCAGGGUGGCUUCCUCUGUUCCGUGGAACAGCAUCCCAGCUGAGAGAUGAGAGGGACUUGAAAGCUGCAUUGAAGGGAAUUUGGCCCUCAUAAGUUUUCCCAGCUGGAUGCAAAGGUGUUCAUUUUAAACCUCUUGACAUUUGGAAGGGAGAUGUUCUGCUUGCAAGGCAGACACUCUUCUGCAGACAGAAUGUCUUGGGCUCAGUCCCCAGUGGCAUCUCCUCCAGGGAGGGCUAGGAGAGACUCCUGCCAGCCGCUGCUGCCAGUCAGUGGAGACAGUGCUGAGCUGGAUGGGCAAAUGGUCUGACUCUGUAUAAGGCAGCUUCCUAUGUUGCUGUCGGUUUUUUGUACUGUUUAUAUAUGUUUUAUGGUAUGUCUGUUCCUUACCUCAACACACAUGUAAAAGGGGAUUCCUCAAUUAAUAAAGAGUUUUCUGUUUUCUAGAAACUUCCACCCCCCGUCCCUUAUGUUGUAUAACCUGUGAAUAGCAAGUUGUGUGUUUAGAUCCUCUUUCUAAAUUAUGUGCUUGAAUCAAUUGGAGAAGAAGCAUGAAAACAUGACUACAACAGGAAGUCUCAAACUGCUAGCUUUGUGCAAACUGGAUGUGGUGAUUUAAUGUCACCAUUAGCUGCGAUACCUGCUUGGCAGGGGUUGGACUAGAUGACCAUUGGGAUCCCUUCUAACUCUAUGACUCUAUGCAAUCUCUGACAGCCAACAAGUUGUUGGGAAUGGGUGGAGGGAGACAGGAGUGCAGUCUGGACACAGAAGCCCUGUCCACAUAUAAAGUGACAUGCAUCACAUAAUUUGUUGACAUUGAAUUGCAUAUGCCAUUUUAUUGCUCAUUUGCUCUGUUUGGAGAGAUUCUUCAUGAUCCCUUUUUGUUUUAACCACCCUAAACAAUUUAGUGUCAUCAGCAAACUUGGCAACCUUAAGCUGGUUGUUUUGAGUCCUGGCUCUGUGUAAGAAACAAGAUGCCAGAGGGAGACCCUGCCCUCCCAUCCCUCCAGGCUGUUCUUUCCUCCUGAUGUUUGACCAUUUCAUUGUUCCUAGUCACAGGCACCUUUUUCUUCCCCUUGCCUCAGGAAAUCCCAGUGAGCCUCCGAGCUGAUGGCACCCAGCGAUACCCCCGAUCCAUUCGCAGUGGUGAGUGUAUUUUUUUGUUGGGGGGGGUAUGUUUUAGGCCAGUGCUGAAGCUUCAAACUAAGGACAACUGGGGAGGGACUAUCUUUAAAAGGAACGUAAAAACUUUUGCCCAUGACUUUCCCCUCUUUUUUAUAAAAAAAGCAAAGUUCUAUUUAAUCGAGUGCUGGUGGGGAGUAGGCAAGUGUAAGGUGGCAUUCGUGGCCUUUAGGAAAUCCAAGGACCUUGCUGGAGGUUCUAUUUAUGUUUCGGGACAGUACCUGUGGGGCUUGGCAUUUUCUCAAAGCGGUAUGGGUCUCUUUCCAUCAGUGCUGCAGCUAAUGCAGUUCAGAGUUUGAACCAGUGGCUCUGUGGAGCAUGGCCAAAGUGCUGCCAUCUUAUUUCACAGCUGUGAGAAUGUUAUCUCCUGGACUGCUAUAUGCUAAUCUUCUGCAUGUCCAAUAAUCAGCUACUCUUGGGUGGAAUUUCACCAAAUAAGCUAAACAUAGGUUUUAUUGGUGUUACUAACUAAGGGUUAAACUGCUGCUUUUAUUUUGAAAGGGGGGGGGACACACAACUGCACUCCCUUUAUUACGCCCAGCCAAAAUGCCACAAAGUAGUGAGCAAACUUUUGAGUAAGCAAAGGUGUUGGUGAUGGGGAGAGUGGAAAAUGGUUUGGUACUGAAGCCAAAAUGGCUGCAUAGGACAGAGGUCAUCAAAAAUUCAGUUUUUUGCUGUAUGGUCUUGAAAGGAGCAUGGGUAUGAUAGCUAUGAUGACCAUCACAGAAGUUCUCACUACACAGCUGAGAAGGCUGUGUGUCACACUUCAGUGAUGAAACACAUACUUAAGAGUCCUCUUCUCUCUCUCCUGCCUGCCUGCCUUUCAUUCCUUGCUUUUCAAAAGCUUCUACAUUCCUGAGAUGUUGGAACAAAUGGCAAAAUUGUUUGCCAUCCUUGAUUUUUUAAAACAGAAAAAAACAAACAUUUUAAGCACAUGCAGUUUGAAUUUGGGUUUGCUUUUGCUACACUGAUGCGCAACACAUCGAUUUUGGAACGAGCACUGUUUUUUGCAGAAUAGGAUGGUAUAUAUUCAGAUUUAACAUGUGCAUCUGAAACCGUGUAUGUGCCCUGACUGUAAAAGGAUGGAGUGCUGCAGGGAUCAGUGCCAAUUGGGGCCUGAAGCCUGGGGCAUGGCCAUGACAGGCCAGUGGCAAGUUCAGCUCUUGGCUUGCUUCAUUUAAAUCAGCUUUCCCCAAACUGAUGCCCUCCAGGUGUUUCAGCAGGACAGAUGAUGGGAGUUGCGGUCCAAAACGGCCAGAGGCCAACAGGUUGUGGAAGGCUGCUCUUGAUUAAUCCUACUGGGCUGUGAGAGCAAAGGGAUCUGUCAAAAUUUAUCGAACUUCUUUUCUGCAUUCUUUGUUCCUAGAGUGCUUCCAGAUGGGAUGCAUUUGUGAGAUUGUCCUUGCUCAGGCACACAGGUUUUUGGCAAUGUAACCAGGCUAUGUUGUUGACAUCACAGAUACAGUUUAUCACUCACCCCCAUUUAAUCUGGAUUUACAAUUUUCAUGGAAAACUUUCUUGCCAGUGAGCCGAUCGUGAUAUUAAGAGCACACCUGCUCCCAAGAACGCAUUCCUACUCUUUAAACCUACAUAUUUCUUUUACAAGAUUUAUUGACAGCUUAACCCACAGCUUUCCAAACUUAUCAUGUUGGUGACACACUUUUUAGACAUGCAUCAUUUCACGACACAGUUAAUUCAGUUUUACUAGCAAACCGGAGAUUAAACUAGCGCCCCUUUCCAGUCCCAGGAGGAGCGCAGGGAGCCAACACACUAAUGUGUCCCAACAUAGUUUGGAAAUCUCUGGCUUAACCAGAAAACAGUAAUAAUCUCUCAGCACUUGACCUAAAAUAGUAUAAAAUAAUCAUAAGAAAAUAAGAUCAAUGGGCUUUAAAAACAAGUAGAAAUAAUAAACGUUAUAUAAAAUCCAGCAGUGUUUAAGAGCAAAUAUGCACAAUAUACACUAUGUCUGGGUAGGCUUGCUUAAAUAAAGCUUUUAAGGUAAAGGUAAAGGUACCCCUGCCCGUACGGGCCAGUCGUGUCCGACUCUGGGGUUGCGCGCCCAUCUCGCUUAAGAGGCCGGGGGCCAGCGCUGUCCGAAGACAAUUCCAGGUCACAUGGCCAGCGUGACAAGCUGCAUCUGGCGAGCCAGCGCAGCACACGGAAACGCCGUUUACCUUCCCGCUAGUAAGCGGUACCUAUUUAUCUACUUGCACCUGGGGGUGCUUUCGAACUGCUAGGUUGGCAGGCGCUGGGACCGAGCAACGGGAGAACACCCCGCCGCGGGGAUUCGAACCGCCGACCUGACGAUCGGCAAGUCCUAGGCGCUGAGGUUUUACCCACAGCGCCACCCGCGUCCCAAUAAAGCUUUUAGCAGGUGUCAAAAUCAGUAUAAUGCAAGCUCCUGUUUUAUAUUAUUGCCCUACCACUAUUCUCCAAGGCAAGUUAAAUUCAUCGGAAAAGAAGAAUCCCCCUCUGGUGCCUAUCUGGAAUUUGGCUGUGCGGUCAUGUUCUCUGUUCUCUUUCUCUUAUUGCUUCCUGCCUUCCACAUUUAUCCUUUCUGUAGUCCAUGCUGUGAACAAGCUGCCAGCUGCGAAGGAGCGCUGGUGCCGGGUCUCCUUCUCUUACACCCCAGCAAAGGAUGAUGAGCUGGAGUUGUGCCCCGGAGAAGUGGUGCAGAUCUUGGAGGAGGUGAGGUAGGGGAGCAAGUAUGUGGUAGAAGGAUGGGGAAAUGCUGUUGGGGGCUUAGGGUGCUUCCAGGUGAAAAUUCCUUGUGGGUGCCCUGCUUCUCAUUCAUGCCAGGGUUUUUGGGGUGGAUGUUUUUGCAGCAUCCACAGGGUUGGCCUGUAUUCUCCCUCCACCCCCAGUUUAAGACAAACCUGUCAUUUCCUGUCUAAUUAUUAAAAAAAAAUAUUGGUUGCCAACAACCAAUUUGGCUCCUGCCUGGGAGAGAUCUUCUGCUGUCUGCUAUUAUCACAGGCCAUCUUCUUCUGAUCCCACUGGCCUUAAUCAAAAGUGUAUCAAAAUGAAGGGGAAUAAUAGUAGGCUACAAGUUGGAUUUCUCCUUUUCUCUCCUUGUCCCCCUACCCGAUGAAGUGCCAGCUUAUACCAUAUGCACCGAAGCAGCCUCUAAAUAGAAAGGCACUUCAUCUGGGGAAGGUACUAUAGAGGCAGUCUUACUCCUUUGGCAAUUGUGUGUCUCCAGUCCCCACCCCCAGAUUAUGAUGCCCUAAAAAUGAGAGUUGUGAAAUUUGGGAGGCUCCCUCGAACUGCAAGCGUUGCAGUUGCACUCGGGUCCUGCUCAGGAGCUUCCCUUCCCGUUGGGGCACCACGAGGGCACCAUAAGCCUACAUUGCAGCCUUCAUCUUGUGUCUCCAUCAGAUCUCUGGGUGCAUCCAGGGAGGUGGGAGGUGGUUAGGGGGGCACCCGAUGUAUCUGGACAGGGACCCUGGGACUCUUUGCCUGACUCUUUGCCACUUCUCUUCUGUGGGCCGGUGGUGGGUUGUGCAACAGGAAGGCGGGGGCCCUUCCAGAAUGACAACGGCUGUUUUUUGUCCUCUUCCUCUGCAGAUUGAAGACGGCUGGUGGUUGGGCAAGAAGAACGGGAAGUUGGGAGCCUUCCCGUCCAACUUUGUACAAGAGCUAAACGACUUGCCUUCAGGUGGGGGGAGCACAGGGCCUGGGGUGGGCAUGUUGUGGAGGUGGGUGGGGAUGGGGGCGCCGGUCCUCUGCAGCCUCUGUGACAUAAAUGUUGGGAGUGGUGCAGAGCUGAGGGGGAAUAAUCUGAAUUGAAUGCGGGUGCUUCCUUUUGGUUGGGGCUUCCAUGCAAUCCAGGAAGCACUCUCCCCUCACAUCUUUUAGGAGGCUCAAGAUCUGGUUAAGGUCUGUAGGGGGGGGGGAGAAGGGGUAGAGAGGCAGGGCCUGACUGGAAGUGCUAACCUGACCCCACCCUUCCUCCCUCAACUGUCAACUUCCAGAGAUGGUUUUUGCAGAGCCCAAAGUCGGAGCGGGGAAGCAGCGCCCCAAAAUGACCAAUGAGACCUUCGUCCUCAGUGAGCCGGAGAAGGUGAGCGGAAGGAAGGUGCUUCUGUGGCAUUGGGACCAGAAGGGCUUCAGGUGCCCUCCUUCACAGAGGACAGGGCUGUGUUUCGAGGGCUCCUCUAUUUGAAAGACCCUCUGGUCUGUUUGAACCAGGGAUGGGAGUGGGUAUUGAUGUUGUCUUAAAAAAAAUAAUUCAAAAUUAAAACAAAACGUAUUAUCCUUAUUCCCCCCCCCCCAUUUUUUCUCCCUCCCCCCCACCCUCCCACACAAAACUCACGACCCCCACCCCCCAGCUUCCCUCAGUUCCAGUCUUUGGUUUCUCUGAGAACGCUGUUUUCUGCAUAUAGAUCUUCAAACUAUUUAGCUGAUUAUUAUCAAUAAAAAGUUUGUGAAUGUUUAUUCAAAGCCAGCCAAGCAGUCCAGUUCACUUUGUUGUGUCUUCAAAUACUUUGUAAAGGGUUCCCAUUCAUCUUUAAAGUCACAGUUAUCCUUGUCCCGUAGCUUAUAUGUCAGUUUUGCCACUUCUAAAUAGUCCAUCAAUUUUUCUUGCCAUGAUUCUUUAGUUGGGCUUUCUUCAGUCUACCAUCCUUGUGCUAUUAGAACUCUCGCGGCCGUUGUCGCAUACUUGAAGAUAUUUUUCAGCUUUUUUGGCAGAUCUUUCUAUACAAUCCCUAACAAAAAUGCUUCAGGUUUUUAAACAAAUGUUAAAUGGAUGUUGUCUAUCGACGGUUAGUACUUUGACAGCAAGGCUGAGCUGGCACACUGUCUGGAUCACACAACAUGCUCAGCAAGACCUUAGGCUUAGUGGGUCUAGGCCACUGCUUUGCUCCUUUUUGCUGCCGCGCCCUGGCACUAUGGUUUGUCUUAGCACAGGAUGUCAACCAGACCAUAGAUCACCAGGUCCCAGCCUUUCCCACAAUGAUUCCCCCCCUAACAUUUAUACACUGCUUGAUUAUAAAAAAACAAAACUCAAAGUGGUUUACAAUAAAAAGUAAAGCAAUAAAACUGCCAGUGAGGAAAAUUAACAAUUUAAGACUUUUGGAAAGUUAAACUAGCAAUAGACUCAUACCAGCUAUUUAUUAUUAUUAUUACUAUUAUUGUGAGAUGUGUUGCAUUUCUAUUUAAAUUAAAGUCAUUCUAAAUAUUAGCAUAUGCAAAUCAGUGUCCUGGUUUUUGUUCUUCUUCCUUUGAGGCUGAAUAAGUAGUUGUCUUCCCCCUGCAGCUCUCUGGCGCUGCUUCUACACAGGACAUCUCCCGUGGGACAGCUGUGCUUUGUUCAUUGAUUUUUUUUUAUGGAGUAUCUGCAUGACACCAUGAGCAAAACAUCUCUCUCUCAUGUUUUCCCUGCUCAGCUUCUGUUGUUGUUUUCCCACGGAACAUUUUUUUUAAAAAGCACACUGGAAAACGGCCAUGCAGUUUCCCCAGGUGUGCACAACCCGUCACAUGGCUAUGCAACAGCCAUUCUUGGUAACUACAGCCUGCAUAUAUUAUUCCAGCCCAGAGUGUGGCCAAUUUACGACCUGCCAUUUAUUGCUGAACUUCAAUUCCCAGCUGACUGCUGGCCAUGCUGGCUAGGGCUGAUGGGAGCUAGAGUCCAACAGUAUCCGAAGGGCUGAAGGGGAAGCUCUAACCAUUUCCUUUUCUAUGGUCCUCUCUCUGUCUGUCACCCCUUCAAAUAGCAUUGCCUAUUUGUCUUCUUCCCACCCCACCUCCAUUGUUAAAGGGGCAAUCAUGAUCAGUGAUGCAGCAAGGUGGGGAAAGGAAAUAUUUAACACUGCACACACACUGUGAUCCCAAUGAAAAUGAUCCUGUCCCCACAUUUGGGGCUGGGGAAAAGGGAAACAUUUUCUGUCCUGCUGCAGAAUGUUUCCUGGAUUAAAAAGGUCUGGAAGCAGUUUUGCUAUUUUACUUGCAACUUAAAGCAAAACAGCAAUGACUGAGUGCUACAGAAUUGUCCACAUCUGGAAACACCCUUGGACAAUGUCCUCUGUUUAAAUCCAGGGAUCAGUGUCUCUAUUUUUUUGGGAGGUGGGAAGCAAUGAAAUACCUUUUACAUUGACCCAAGUACCGUAAGUUCUUAAGCCAGUUUCCUCUUCAGAAAACAACCACCGGGUCAAGAUUACUGCUCUCUGCUAGAGAGAAGGGCAUCAUUUGCUGGCUGGGGCUGAUGGGAAUUGUAGUUCAAAACAUCUGCUGGGCAACAGGUUGAGGAAGCAACUGCUGGUGUUUCUUUAGCAGUGGUCAGGUGCUGCACAGAGCUUGUGUUGGUGUCAACAGCCUUCUUUCUUAUUUCCGCACCCCUUUCUGUUGCUUCCUGGAUCCUGCUCCAGGUGGAGAACACCCUGGAGAAGCCUACCCCUCCUCGGAUGCAGGCGAGUCCCAAAGUCCAGGCUCCGCAGACCAGUGAGUUGUGACCAAGAUAGACUUCUGCUACCUCAGAGCUCGCUUUGUUGGGGGGGGGGAGCACUGGGGCCCUCCUGCGGUUUUCAGAGAGGAAAAUGAGGCAGGGAACGCCUAUUUUUCCAUUUCAGUCUGGAAUGGGGUUGUUGCAGGGGAGGAAAAAGGUAGCGUAGGGGGCCAAGCUAUAUUAGGGUGUGUGAGGCCCCAGGUGGGAGCCUAGAGUGAAGUGAUGGUUGCAAACAUCUGAAAGGGAGGGAUAGGGUAUGGGGAGGUUGACCUGAUGCCCUUUUGUGUGGGAAAGCUGCUGUGGGUGUGUGGAUGCUGUGGAGGGCUUAAUUUCAGUGGACAAGUCAGCCCUCUUUAACUCAGUGCUGUCUAGAUGUUUUGGACUACGACCCCUUUCAGCCCCAAGCAGCUGAUGGGAGUUGUAGCUCAAAGCUGCCAUGUUGGUUGCAGCUGAUGGAAGUUGUGGUCCAAAGUGGCCAUGUUGGUUGGGGCUGAUGGGAGUUGUGGUCCAAAGUGGCCAUGUUGGUUGGGGCUGAUGGGAGUUUGGUCCAAAACAUCUGGAAGGGUACCCAGCUGGGAAUGGUUGCCUUCAGAGCACUCAGACCAGAGCAAGAGAAAUAUCCGAAUCCAGGGGUGUCUGUGCUUUCCUCCACCUGCAGGUGACGCUCCUGUCUAUUGCCGAGCCAUGUUUGAUUACGAACCAGAGCAUGAAGAUGAGCUCCUCCUCCGGAAAGGCGAUUUGGUCCUUUUGUUGAGCAAGGUGGGAGUCCUGGGGAAGGUUGGGGUGGGUAACUUCCCCGACGAUAUGAGGGCCACCCACAAAGCGCCCUGGCCCCAUCUCUGCUCAGAGCUAAAAGGGCACAGUGUUUUCAGCCUUUAAGAGCUGCUUUGCUGCUGGAUCAGACCAGAGACCCAUCUAGCCCCAUCCUCAUGUUGGCACCCUAGAUGCCUUUGGGGAAGCCAGCAAGCAGGCCCUGAGUGUGGGAACCACUUACUCUCCCUACUUGGGCUCCCCAGGAACUGGUACUGAGGAGCAGACCUUAUCUUAAGGGUGGGUGGAAGAAGCUGGCACUCUGGAAGCAACCCUCUCUGUCCUCCAGUUAACUGUUCUAAAUCUUAAAUACCCAAACAACAGCUAUUUCGUAGGUGUUCUAGGGGGUGUUAGUGACCACUGAUACUAUAUCUGGAACUUCUUCCUCAAAACUGGCAAUUUGGGGGCACGACCUGAUUUAAUGAAAUUUAUACACCGCUUGAUUGGGGGUGAGAGAACCCUCAAAGCGGUUUGCAAAGAAGACAACACACACAAAAAUGACCUUAGUGAGAUUAACAGCAAUAAUUUAAGACAUUCGAAAGGUUAAAAUAACAAAAGACUCACGUCAACUUCCUAAUGUUUCUGCGUAGGCUUGUCUAAACCAAAAAAGUUUUUAGUAGCCACCGGAAAAAGUAGUCCUACCUCCUGCUGGGUGAUCCAGUGAGGGAUCCCCCCCACACACCUGUGUUAGGAGGGAAAAAACACCUUAUCUUGCUCCUGCCCUUGACUUCCCAAAGCAUGCAGCAGGUGGAGGAGGGUGAGAGGGGCAGAACGUUUGCCUUGCAUAAUGAAAAUGUGAUUGUUAUUUUUGUUUGCUGAUCAGAAGAUAAGAGCUGUAGCCAUUUUCUUUCUCUUGAGUUAGAACAACUCCUGAGAGCCUGGCUGGGAAGACGGAUAGGGGAAGACUUCAUGGGGAAGUUUGAAUCAGUAGAGUCAUAAUAUGAGAGAGAGGUUUGCAGGUGGAAGAGGUGUAUUUUGGUUUCUGCUCACCUGUGUACAGAAAGCAGCACAGACUUUUAAAAAUGCAAUAGCAUGGAAUUAAUCUGAUGAAGUAUGAAGGUGGUUUACAAGGAAGAUGAAACAAUAGUAUUAUCAAUUAGACGUGGGACACAAUAUCAAUUUUGCACUAUGGGAGCAGUUAUGAAAAGUAAAUAUAAAGUAUACAGCAUGCUACACACUAAUAGAAAGUUUUAUGAAGAUGCUGCAGAGGUGGUAUCUGACACCAAAUGUAGACUAGCAAAAAUGUCAAAAUCAACAAAGGGCAAUUGCUGGAACUGUAAGACAGCAGAGGGAUCCUUUUACCACAUGUGGUGGAAGUGUAGUAUAAUUAAAAACUGCUGGGAAACGAUCUAUAAUGAACUAAAAAACCCUUCUGAAAACCCAGAAGCAUUGUUGCUGGGGUUAGUAACAACAGAAGUGACUAAAAAAGAGAAAAACUUGUUCUUCUAUGCGACAACGUGUAUUACUAGCACAAAAAUGGAAUUCAGGUAAGGUACCAACAAAAGAACAAUGGCAUAUUAAAGUGUUAGAAUACGUGGAGUUAGUAGGGAUGACCCCUAGAAUAAGAAAUCAAAAUGAUGAAAAAUAUAAGGAGGGCUGGAUAUCUUUUAUUGAAUAUAUGAAAAAGUAUUGCAAACAAACAAUUAACCUAGCAGGAUGGUUAGAUUUUCAGCAGUGUAAGAAAAAACUAAUGUGUAUAUAAGUACCAUAGUUGUGAUAGAUGGAGUGAACCAAGAAAACACGAGAAAAAGAGGAGACAAAAGGAACCAUGGAAGGAGAGGAGAGGAGGUCAAUGGAGGAAUGCAUUAUGGCUUUCUGUUUAUUUUUUGAUAUCCUAAAAUUGUUAUUUCUUUUCUAUUUCAGAGUUUUCUUUUUUGUGUCCUUUGCAUUAUUUUAGUUCAUUUACUUGAUAUGGAAUUGUAUCAGAAACACAAAUAUAUAUAUAUAUAUAUAUAUAUAUAUAUAUAUAUAUAUGAUUAUCAGUUAGAAGAAUUAAUCAUGAUUCAAGACUUUCGAAAGGUGAAAACAACAGUAGGCUAAGGACAGAUUACAACUUUUAUUGGUGCAACUGAACUGAAUGAUUCUUCUUGAUUAAAUUCAUUGUUGGAAAGUGAUUCUAUGUGCAUAUCCUUCCUUUCCUCUUCCUUGUUGCAGGAGACGGCGGAUAUGGGCUGGUGGGAAGGCGAGUGCCGUGGCCGGAAGGGGCUUUUCCCGGACAACUUUGUCAUGCCUCUGGCCCAGGUGGAGCCUGAGGUAAGGAAGUGGGUGGCCCCUGACCUCCCUUGCAUCAGGAGGAAUUGGCAGGGCGGAGGGGAGAUGCUGACUGCUCCACACAACACUGAAGCACUUUCACAGGCUUGGAAUGGCUGAAGGGCCACAAAGGAGGACUGCAAGAGCCUCCUCAUCCAACCAGCUUCUACCUACCCUGGUGCCCUCCAGACAAUUUGGACUACAGCUCCCAUCAGCCACAGCUGGCAUAGGCGGGCACCAGGUUGGGGAAGGCUGUCCUGACAACCAGCCUAAGCUGCCACAUGCAGUUGCUGGCAGAGUUUGCUGCCUGCUAUGUGCCUUUGCUCAGCAUCCGCCUGGGCACUGUAAGAUUCACGCCCGUCCUGCAGGUCCCCUUGUCUUGUUCUCCCUCCCCUGAGCCUCUGAUCUCCUUGACUUCUCCUGCCUCUGAACUUGUGCAGGAGUGAAACCCAAGCCUGGCCUGCCUUGAGGUGCUGAGGCUGCUCUUUCUUUUUGGGUGACUCAUCACCAGCGCCUUCCUUCCCCGUCAAGCUGCUCUUUUCUCUCUUCUACAGAUCAAAGCCAAGGUACCAGAGCGGAGGAAGGACUCCGGUAAGUCACAAGCUCCCACUUGGCUCAGGCAGGGGAUUUUGUAGAUCAAGGGGGUUGCCGUCACUGCCCAUUGGAUCUCUGGCUCUCUUUAUUUAUUUAUUUUAAUGUCCGGGUGCAAGCAGGGGCCGAGGGGGAGUCAGUCGGGGAGAGGAUCAUAGCUCUGUGGCAGAGCACAAUGUAGAGAAGGUCCCAAGUUCAAUGGUCGCAUCUCCAGGGAGGGCUGGAAAUGCCCCUUGCCUGACCACCUGGAGAAAGGCGCUGCUGCCAGUCAAUGUGUAGAGGACCCAGGAAGCCGUCCCUUCUUCUUUCCCCAUCCUCCCUGAUGCCUGGUUGGGGAUCUUGUGGCCCUCCAGAUGUUGUUGGCCUCAACUCCUGUCAUCACCCUUGAACUUUGGCCAGGCUGGCUGGCUGGGAGUUGGCAGCUCAUCUGGAGGGACACAGGUUCCCCUGGCCUUGUUCUUCUUUUCCUCCUCACUUCUCAUAUCACCUAUCUUACAGUACUUUCCUUUUUUUUGAAAAAUAGAAAAAGCUCCCAAGCCAGGGAAGAAGGUCCUCCAAGGUAGCAAGGUGGAGACGAAACAUCCUGGAGACCACAAAGGUGAGGAGGCAGCUGCUGGCUGACCUUUUGCAGAGGGCCAGGGUGCCUGUGCGGAGCAUGUGCAGCCCUGGCUUUGCACAGCAACAGCCGAGACAAAGGCAGAGGUGUGCAUAUCUUCCUCUUCCUGUUGUGGUUUGGUGCUUGCUUGUGUUCUGAGCAGAACAAUCAUGUUUCUUGCAAAGUGGAGCAAAAGAGUUCCCUUUCGGAGGGCAGUCCCCCAUUUCGCAGGGUUGUCUGGCCCAAGUCUGGUUUAAAGAUACAGUGGUUAAGUACUUAAUUCGUUCUGGAGGUCCAUUCUUAACCUGAUACUGUUCUUAACCUGAAGCACCACUUUAGCUAAUGGGGCCUCCCGCUGCUGCCGCGCCGCCGGAGCAUGAUUUCUGUUCUUAUCCUGAAGCAAAGUUCUUAACCUGCGGUCAUAUUUCUGGGUUAGCGGAGUCUGUAACCUGAAGCGUAUGUAACCUGAAGCGUAUGUAACCCGAGGUACCACUGUAAAGAACAGAGCAGGGUAAUCCCUGUGGAACCAUUCAAACUUGAAUGCACAGCUGAAUUGCAAGUGCUGCCUCACAUCCUUACUGCUAUUCAGAGCCUCCAACUUCAAAGUGCAAUUCAUACCCCACCCCCCACCCCGCCAAAUAGCAUGUGUGCAAUUGCAAAAUGCAUGGACAGUCUCUUGCCUCUUUGGAAGGAACACAGAUCUGCCUCUCUGCUAGGCAUUUACCCCUCUGCUUUGGCAAUCUUGCAGCAGAAAGAGCUGCAAUUGCUUACUUUGCAAACUGUCAAGAGCCUUUUCCCUUUUCACCUGCUCUCUGCUGGACAGCUGAUAGGUGGGAAUAUUGGCUGUGGACCAUAUUCUGCCUACAGGUCAAGGGUCUUCCUUCCCUCUGUAUAAAUAUUCAUGCUGCUGAGGGGAAAGGUAUCAGAUGUAGAUUAUUGACAUUUAAGCUAGAAUUGGAUGCAGCACUCCAUCUUCCCUGUUCUGCUUUUAGAACAGGCCCUUUCCAUGCCUUCUUUUUUGCCGGCAGGAUGCUGAAGCAAGACUUGGGCUCAGGCAUGAUGCUGUACUGAUCUCUACCCCCCCCCCAGGUGUACCCUGGGCUCCUUUGGGAGAAAGAGCAGGAUACAAACAGAAAUAAUAAUUUUAAAAUUAAUAAUAAAAUCAUUAUGGCCUUCUUUGCAUGGUUCUGCUGAGGAUACAAUGAGCAAAAGAUUAUUGAAAUGCUUCCUUAGGAGAUAUAUUGCAAUAACUGUGUGUCCUAAGUCAUUCAUUCAUGUCUUGCAGACUCAAAGGAACAAAAGAAAAUGGAAAGCCCUAGGCUGACUCCUCUUCCGGUCAAGAAGGCAGCUCCCCCUCCUCCUGUGCCGGCUAAGACCAAACCAGCCCCCAACCUUCCCCACAAGUAAGACAUGAUGAGUCUUGGAAAGAGUGUGUGCACAUCCUCUUUCCUGGGAUCGGCCAGCACUUGAUAUGAUCUCAUUUUGAGUCAUUGGACAUGGACCCAUAACCAGAAAAGCAAGUAAGAGGCAGGUAGAAUUUGCCACCUGAGGCUGGAAAGAAAGACAUCUGGUUUAGCAGAGUGUGGAGUUUACAGGCAACCUCAAGCAUUGGCAUGUCUUCUGGUCCCCUGCCAGGCCUAGAUCUUUGGGGGAUAUGCCCUCCUAAGUGGGGUUCACAAUGCUGGUAGGAGGGAAGACUGGGAGCAAUUUUUAAAUCCUUAGCUAUUUGCUUUCUGGCACAGCAGGUGCUUUGCACGUAGGAGGAGGCCCCGGCUGCAGUAUCUAGCCAAAAGGAUCAGGUAGUGCUUGAGGGAAAGGCCUCACUCUGCCCCAGACCUGGAGAGUGCUGCCAGUCAGAUGGAUCGGGCCGCUGUGGUAGAUUUCUUCACUAAAUACAACAUUGUAAUGUUGAGGCAACUUUGAUUGGUCAAAGCAAUAACAGCUGCCAGGGAACUCACAAAAGUGGAGUCCACAAGCGUAUAUAGAAGCAUUCACUCUGUAUAUGUGUAGAAAUUAAGUCGCAAUCUCAGAGGAGAGGCAUGCCUGCAUUAUCAGAGCUGAAGAAUAGGGUGCCUACUACUCUCUAUCAGACUAGCUCAAGGCCGAACACUCUUGACACAUUCUUAAUACAGCCUGAAUAAGCAAUUUCUCCCAACAAUAUCCUUUCACAGUUUUUACAUCUCUUCGCAUGUAGGCUGCCUAUCAAAUCAUAUACUAUAAUUUCCACUACACAGCUAUCCUCAGCCUAGUGUUUUCCAGAUGCUUUGUGCUACAACUGCAACUCCCAUUGGCCUCAGCCAGUACCAAGUUGGCAAAGGCUGGUGUAAGACAGCUCUGUGUCUUAUGGAUUCUGAUACAGAUUUUGUGAUAGUUGGAGGGAAGUGAUAAAUUCAUGUGUUACCUGGAUUCAUCCCUUCACCCCCCCUCCUGAUCCACCUCCACUUUCUUUUAACCAAUUAGAUGCAGUUAGCUGGCUUGGGUCUGGGGUGAAUUUGCUGGGUGUACCUGCUUUGUUUCUGUGGCUUUAGUAGUCAGCAACUCUUCAUUCAUUCAUUUUUAUUUAUAUGCUGCUUUUCCACACACAAAAGUCAUGCUCAAAGUGGCUUACAACAAAGAAAACAGGAAUGCAUUACAAAAUUAAACAGCCAAAAACCAAUUUCAUAAUAACAUAGUAAAACAGCACAGUAGAAAAUAACAGCAUUUCAGCACUAUAAAUAUAACAAGACUACAUAAACAACAUCCAGAAUCCAAUAGCAAAAAUAUCCACAGAGCUUUUAUAGUUUCACCUUGGUCCUAGAAACACCAAUCCCAUAAUGUGGCUCACAGUCCUUCUGCAGCAACAGGUUCUUCUGGGGUUUCCAAAGGCCAAGAGUGUGGGUAGCUGGAAACACUCCUCCCAUGAUUUCUCUCUGUGUGUCUCUCUCUCUCUGCACAUGAUGAUGAUCCAGAUCCUUAGGCAUUCCAGUUCCCAGCACAGCAACCCCUGUGGGAAAAGGAAAAUGCAAGGAGAAAUUAGCAGGUAGGUUCCGGCCCUUUAAUUCCUUCUCCCACUGUCCAGUGCCCUCCCCUUUUGUAGGGGCUAAUGACUUCUGUUUUGAGCCUUUAUCUUGACAAAAAAAAUCACUGAGGAUGCGCAACCUCACUGUGAACCGAGCAUCCGUUCUGAUCAAUUUGUGCAGUGGUGAUAUGACCGCCCCAUGUUGCCCGUAUCCCACACUUCUUAGGGUGUCUCCCCAUCAUUUUUCUUACUAUUCCGCCCCAACAAAAAAUCCAUGUGAUGGGCAGGGCAGUGAGCGCGCAGGAGGGAGGGUGUUGCAAAAGAGCCCAAAUCCAGCUUCAUUGCACAACCUCAGUUUGCUGGCAUAUGAUUAAACCAUUCCCUGGAGCUCUUGUUUUCCUCUCCUUCUCCAGAGUCGUGGAGAAGCAGCUUGGGGUCUGGCAGGGCAUUGCAAACUCCAGUCCAUGCCGUCUCUUCCCGGGCUUGCUUUGGGAAUGACGGAUCUCCCUCUGGCCAGUAUUGCACUCCCUGGCUGAGGUUCUGGGGUAGCUGUGCUUGCUCCCCAAUAGCGCCACUUUUCUCCAUUCCAGAGAUCAACACUUUUGAUGCCGUCCUUGUUCCCAGUGCCAAACUGAGCCACCCAACAGCCAGCCGCCCUAAAGUACCAGGGAAGAGGCCACCCAGCCAGCUGAUGACCAGCUCACUGGUGAGUUGUUGCCACUCCCUGCCCACCCCCAGCCAACUGUUCUCAAGGAAGGAGGAAGAGAGCUGUUAAAGGGAUAGGAUCUUGUGCCUUUUUAAACAGCGGCUUCAGAGUAGAGGAAGCAAAGCAUGUGCUCUAUGUGCAGCUUCCCUCGUGCUCGAUCUGGAAGCUGCAGUUAGUGCAGAAUGCUGCAGCAUGAUUGCUGUCAGGAGUGAGACCUCAUCCACAUGCAGCACCUGUGCUCAGAGAUCUGCACUGGUCACUGAUUUGCUACCAGGCCAUGUUCUAGGUGUUAUUGGUAUAUAAUGCCCUGAACAGCUUGGGACACGUUUACCUGUGAGAUUGCCUUACCCCAUAUACACCUGUUUCGAUCUGCAGAACUGGUACUGUCACAGGUGCCAUGUGAUGCCUGCUCUGCAUUUGUAAAAAAUCAAACUUUUAGUGUGGCUGCACCUACACUUUAGAACCCCUUGCCUAUUGAUAUCAGACAGGUCCCUUCGCUGCACUCUUUUCGGCAACUGCUAAAAACAUUUUUUGUUUAGGAAGCCCUAUCCAGAUGUGCAGGAUGUUGGUGUGUGUUGCAAUCUGCUUUUAGUUUAUUGCUUUUUUAAUGUUCUACGUAGUUGCUUCUAAUUGUUUUAACUGAUAAUUUAAUUAUUUUAUUCUGCUCAUAAACCACUUUGAGGUUUUUCACAACUGAGUGGUGUAUAAAUUUUGUGAAAUAUAAAUUAAAACAUGCAUAUUUAAAUACAAAUUAAAACAUGGCUAGUCUUGAUGAUGGCUGUCACCAAAUCUCUCUCUCUCUUAUUGGCUGUUGCAGGAUGAGAUGGGAUCAACCCAGCCCUCAAGCUCCACAGAGAAAGCUAAAGGCCCUGAACUGGUGAGUUAUGUGAGGUAGCAACACAAUAGGCUUAAACUGGUUUGAACAGUCGUGUGGUCCAUGGUUUCCACCUCCUUUCUGGGUACCAUUUUCAGGAUCUUAGCCCAGAAAAGAGAAGAUCGAAAGGUGACAUGACUGUCAUCUUCAAGUAUCUGAAGGGCUGUCAAAUGGAGGAUGGAGCAAGCUUGUUUUCUGCUGCUCCAGAGGGGAGGACCCGAACCAAUGGAUUCAAAUUAUAAGAAAGAAAAUUAUGAUGAAACAUUAGGAAGAACUUUUUUAGAGUAAGAGCUGUUCAACGGUGGAACAGACUCCCUCAGAAGGUGGUGGACUCUCCUUCCUGGGAGGUUUUUAAACAGAAGUCGGAUGGCCAUCUGUUGGGGAUUCUUUAGCUGAGAUUCCUGCGUUGCAGGGGGUUGGAUUGGAUGACCCUUGGGGUCUCUUCCAAUUCUACAAUUCUAAGAUUCUCUGAUUGGUGGGCUUAACCCUCCAUUGCCUGCCUUUGUUUUACUAUGGGGAUUGGGAGCCUUGGCCCAUGGAGGAAUUGAAGCAUCAGCCCCUUCCAACCCUCUCUGUCCUGUAUCUGUCUCUCCCCUGGCAGCUGAAGGAGCAGUCCAGUUACACCAGAGAAGAACCUACAGCUCUAACCUGUGAGGCGUCACAAACAGAGGAACAGCCAGCAUCUCUGGAUGAUCUCAAGGCAGAGCUCCGGUCUCUGAGGACCAUGAUGGACCUGAUGCGUGCACAGCAUCGGUGAGGUGGGCCAGCGGUGGGCAGGUUCCUCUUCUCUUCCAGGCAGAGAUUCCAGAAGCUCUGGAGAAACCUCUCCUGCCCACAACAGUGGACAAGCACAAAGCAAUGUCACAAGUCAUACAUUCGGCUUGGUGGUGUCAUUGUUCAUCUGUUCAGGGCCUUCCUGAAAGAAGCCUUCCUGGUGCUUUUCAGCUGUCUUGAUCUCCAACUCCUAUCAGCCCCAGCCUGCACAACUGUACUCCCACCAACCUUAGCAUCAUGCAGCUGUGCCGGCUGGGGCUGAUGGGAGCUUCACAACACCAGGCUGGGGAAGGCUGGCUGUAGCUAACUUGUUAGUGUGUGUUUGUACAUUUCUUGAGGAUUCUCCCACAACAAUGGGGUGGAGGAGAGCUGGUCCUCUGUUUCCCCGCCCCCUCCAAAAUUCAUGCCUCUCCUUCCUCUUGCAGGAAAGACAUGGAGGAUCUGAAGGUGGAGAUGGGACGUGAGCAGACCAAGCGGGCCGCCUUACAGGUAGGAAAUGGCUUUGGAGGGAGAAAGAAUUGCUGUUGGGAUACAUAGCCAAAGCCAAGCAGGGCCGGCCUUUGGCCCUUACAAUGGGGCAGCUGCCUCAGGCCGCAGAUUUUGGAGGUCAUGAAAGGCUGAAAACUGUUGUUUAAUUUAUUGGUGGUGGUGGGGUUUAUAUCCAGGAAGAGAUAAAUGUAGGGUUUUCUGCCUAGGGUGUUGAAAUAAACUUGACCAGCCGUGACUGGGGGAAGUACAGCCAUUUUUCUCCGCUGCCACAGGCUGCACAAUGCCUUGCUGCUCCUGUGCUUGGAUUUGGGGAGCUGUGCAUGACUCACUUUUGUUUGUUCCUUCCUUUGCAGGCAGAAAUUGAGUGGCUGAAACAGACGGUGCCUGUACCUGGGUCACUGGACAGUAAGCGCCACGCACCUGGAAGUGGAGCCAUAGAGCUGGCAGGCCCUGGCAUCCCAUCCUCACAUACUCCCAACACUCCCUCCGCAAUCUCUACCAAGGACUGAAUAAGCUGCACUGCUGCAGCUUCUCUCUUGGCUUAUCACUAUUGAACUCUUAGCUGAAUCUGUACCUUUUUUGUGUGUGGGGGGGAGGAUACCCCUCUGCUCCACAGCCUGUGGCCUUCCCCAUCUCAGCCACAUCCAGAGAACCAUAUUGAUGUGUGACUAGCAGUGCCUGACGCCACCCAUUUGUACUUUCCUCCUCCUGCUUCAGGUGGCUGCUCUGUGGCUGAGGACACCUUGCGCACUGGGAUGGUCCAGCAGCAGUUACUAUGACAAUGGUGCAGUGGGUGUUUGUCAAGUGAAACCAAAGGUGAUCAACACACCUUUCUUUCCUGCCCCCAUGCCCUCCUGCAUCCCCCUCCAUAUUGGCCCACAAACAUCAACUAUGGGUUCAGUUAAUUUUUUACCCUCUGAAGCCAGGCCACGGCUAACUGGGCUAGCUUGUGGCACAUGAAAUUUGGCUUGGCUGCCAUAGUUUCUCCAGCCAAUGGGCUAAGAUGCUUCAGCCACCCAAGAGUUCUUACAGAUCAAGCGACGGCUUUCACUGGAUGGAGCUAAACUGUUUUGGAAGCAGUUGGUUUUCUUUGCAAUGUGGGCAAACAUUUUCAGUCUCCCUUCAGAAGCAGUCAUAUAGCUUGCCAUAGGCUGCACCAACUUUCUCCAACCCUAGUGCCUUCCUGCUGCCAUGGACUACAUCAGCCUCUGCCUAGGUUGUCCUCUUCUUAAUAUGUCCCCGUGGGGAGCAGUAGAUAAACUGCCCAGUCUCUUUUUCAACUGCCCCAGGACAGGCAGAGAAGCAUGUCUGAAGAAAUCUGACUCACUCAUGGACAGUUCCUUAUACAGUAGAUGAAAAUACUCAAAACUCUUUAUGCAUAACUUUUUAACAUUUAAUUUAAAAUAAAAAUAUUUUUCUAUGC